AUGGGGCAACGUGAAAUAAUUUUAACAGAAGAUAAACCAUACGAUGUUAUUGAUAUCAAAAUACCUCGAGUCGUUUGGAAACAAGCAUUGACUCCCACGCCAGUUUUGAGAUCGCCCGUUACUAUAGUGGUUCCGGUUCACGUUUCUGAUGAUAAUGAAGUAGACGAUGAUCUUGAAGAUGACGUUGUAGCAGAUGACAUCGUCGAAACUGAAGUGAUUAAUACUACUGUAGCAAAUGAUAUAGUUGAACAAGUAGUAAGCGACGAACCUGUACCUGUAGCAAAUGUCACCGAAAGUCCGGUGCUCGAAGACGAACCAACGACACCCACACAGGUGACAGGACAAGUGAUAAGGUUCCCGUGCUCUUGUCCCAAUGGACAAUGUGGAUGUUGCACAGGAGCGAUCCUUCAACGGAUUAAUAUGAAAGCUUGCGGUAACAUCAGCUUUGUUCCAGAAGAUUUCGUAUUUGAUGUACGACUGACCGUGAAUAAUAAUACUGUUGUUCGACGUAGAGUUUCAGCUAGUGAUCCCCCACCUAUUUGCUUCAACCCCAGAAGAGCGCCAUUCGUUCGCGUGUGUGCAGAAAUAUCUAAUAUUCGCAUUCGAAACAGAAACGCUUUCGCAUGUUUGGAUAUAAACGCGGAUAUUGGUGGUUUCCCAGUUUAUUCGGCUUCGUUUAGAUGUUUUGGAUUGGGAUCAUCAGGAGUUCAAACAGGCUUGAAACCAAAGCCAGUGUCAUCAGGGCCCAAACCAGUAAGUUUAUUCGGCGCCGGUGAUGACGAUGAUGAUGAUCGCGGCAGCUUCCUCGAGAACGUCGCUGGUGGAGUUCUUGGAGGGGGAGAUGGUGGCGGGCUCUUCGGAGGCGGCGGUGGAGGCUCAGAUGACGAUGACGACGGACCCUUCGAUGGCAUAGGAGACGCGAUAGGAGAUUUCUUUGAUGGGAGAAAAUUAUAA